GUAAUUGUCAGCUCGGGAUCUGAGACUUCCAGAAAAUGAAGCUGGCGGCAGGACCGUGGGUCUGGGUGAGCCUUCUGCUGGCAGCGGGGACCGUCCAGCCCAACGCCUCCCAGUCAGUGUGUGCAGGAACAGAGAACAAGCUGAGCUCUCUCUCUGACCUGGAGCAGCAGUAUCGAGCUUUGCGCAAAUACUAUGAGAACUGUGAAGUAGUCAUGGGCAACCUGGAGAUAACCAGCAUCGAGCACAACCGGGACCUCUCCUUUCUGCGGUCUAUUCGGGAAGUCACAGGCUACGUGUUAGUGGCUCUUAAUCAGUUUCGUUACCUGCCUCUGGAGAAUUUACGCAUUAUCCGUGGGACAAAACUUUAUGAGGAUCGAUAUGCCUUGGCAGUAUUUUUAAACUACAGAAAAGAUGGGAACUUUGGACUUCAAGAACUUGGAUUGAAGAAUUUGACAGAAAUCCUUAAUGGUGGAGUAUAUGUAGACCAGAACAAAUUUCUCUGUUACACAGACACAAUUCAUUGGCAAGAUAUUGUUCGGAAUCCAUGGCCUUCCAACUUGACUCUGGUAUCAACAAAUGGUAGCUCAGGAUGUGGACGUUGUCAUAAGUCCUGUACUGGCCGAUGCUGGGGACCCACAGAAAAUCAUUGCCAGACCUUGACAAGGACGGUGUGUGCAGAACAGUGUGAUGGCAGGUGCUAUGGGCCCUAUGUCAGUGACUGCUGUCAUAGAGAAUGUGCUGGGGGCUGCUCAGGACCUAAGGACACAGACUGCUUUGCCUGCAUGAAUUUCAAUGACAGUGGAGCAUGUGUUACUCAGUGUCCUCAAACUUUUGUCUAUAAUCCAACCACCUUUCAACUGGAGCAUAACUUCAAUGCAAAGUAUACAUAUGGAGCAUUUUGUGUCAAGAAAUGCCCACAUAACUUUGUGGUGGAUUCCAGUUCUUGUGUGCGUGCCUGCCCUAGUUCCAAGAUGGAAGUAGAAGAAAAUGGGAUUAAAAUGUGUAAACCUUGCACUGAUAUUUGCCCAAAAGCUUGUGAUGGCAUCGGCACAGGAUCAUUGAUGUCGGCUCAGACUGUGGAUUCCAGUAACAUUGACAAAUUCAUAAACUGCACCAAAAUCAAUGGGAAUUUGAUCUUCCUUGUCACUGGUAUUCAUGGAGACCCUUACAAUGCAAUUGAAGCCAUAGACCCAGAGAAACUGAAUGUCUUCCGCACAGUUCGAGAGAUAACGGGUUUCUUGAACAUACAGUCAUGGCCUCCAAACAUGACCGACUUCAGUGUUUUUUCCAACCUGGUGACCAUUGGUGGAAGAGUACUCUAUAGUGGCCUCUCCUUGCUUAUCCUUAAGCAACAGGGCAUCACUUCUCUACAAUUCCAAUCCCUGAAGGAAAUCAGUGCGGGAAACAUCUACAUUACUGACAACAGCAACCUGUGUUAUUAUCAUACCAUUAAUUGGACAACACUCUUCAGCACUAUCAACCAAAGAAUAGUGAUCCGGGAUAACAGGAAAGCUGAAAACUGUACUGCUGAAGGAAUGGUGUGCAACCAUCUGUGUUCAAGCGAUGGCUGCUGGGGACCUGGCCCCGAUCAGUGCCUGUCCUGCCGUCGCUUCAGCAGAGGAAGGAGCUGCAUAGAGUCUUGUAACCUCUAUGACGGUGAAUUUCGAGAGUUUGAGAAUGGCUCCAUCUGUGUGGAGUGUGACCCCCAGUGUGAGAAGAUGGAAGAUGGCAUCCUCACCUGCCAUGGACCGGGACCUGACAACUGCACAAAGUGCUCCCAUUUUAAGGAUGGCCCGAACUGUGUGGAAAAAUGUCCAGAUGGCUUACAGGGGGCAAACAGUUUUAUUUUCAAGUAUGCUGAUCAGGAUCGGGAGUGCCAUCCAUGCCAUCCAAACUGCACCCAAGGGUGUAGCGGUCCCACUAGUCAUGACUGCAUUUAUUAUCCUUGGACGGGCCAUUCCACUUUACCACAACAUGCUAGAACUCCUCUAAUUGCAGCGGGAGUCAUCGGUGGGCUCUUCAUCCUGGUCAUCGUGGGUCUAACAUUUGCAGUUUAUGUUAGAAGGAAGAGCAUUAAAAAGAAAAGAGCCUUGAGAAGGUUUCUGGAAACAGAGUUGGUAGAACCCUUAACUCCCAGUGGCACGGCGCCCAAUCAAGCUCAACUUCGUAUUUUGAAAGAAACUGAGCUUAAAAGAGUGAAAGUACUUGGCUCAGGUGCUUUUGGAACAGUUUAUAAAGGUAUCUGGGUGCCUGAAGGAGAAACAGUAAAGAUUCCUGUGGCUAUUAAAAUUCUUAAUGAAACAACUGGUCCCAAAGCCAAUGUGGAAUUCAUGGAUGAAGCUUUGAUCAUGGCAAGUAUGGACCAUCCACACUUAGUCCGGUUAUUGGGUGUGUGUCUGAGCCCAACCAUUCAGCUGGUUACACAGCUUAUGCCCCAUGGUUGCCUGUUGGAUUAUGUCCAUGAACACAAGGAUAACAUUGGAUCCCAGCUGCUGCUUAACUGGUGUGUCCAGAUAGCUAAGGGGAUGAUGUACCUGGAAGAAAGACGGCUUGUUCAUCGGGACUUGGCAGCCCGAAAUGUCUUAGUGAAAUCUCCAAACCAUGUGAAAAUCACAGAUUUUGGACUAGCCAGACUCUUAGAAGGAGAUGAAAAAGAGUAUAAUGCUGAUGGAGGAAAGAUGCCAAUUAAAUGGAUGGCUCUCGAGUGUAUACACUAUAGGAAAUUCACCCAUCAGAGUGAUGUUUGGAGCUAUGGAGUCACUAUAUGGGAACUGAUGACAUUUGGAGGAAAACCCUACGAUGGAAUUCCAACCCGAGAAAUCCCUGAUUUAUUAGAGAAAGGAGAACGUUUGCCCCAGCCUCCUAUCUGCACUAUUGACGUUUACAUGGUCAUGGUCAAAUGUUGGAUGAUUGAUGCUGACAGUAGGCCUAAAUUUAAGGAACUGGCUGCUGAGUUUUCGAGGAUGGCUCGAGACCCUCAAAGAUAUCUAGUCAUUCAGGGUGACGAUCGCAUGAAGCUUCCCAGUCCAAAUGACAGCAAGUUCUUUCAGAAUCUCUUGGAUGAAGAGGAUUUGGAAGACAUGAUGGAUGCUGAGGAAUACUUGGUCCCUCAGGCGUUCAACAUCCCACCUCCCAUCUAUACUUCCAGAGCAAGAAUUGACUCAAAUAGGAGUGAAAUUGGACACAGCCCUCCUCCUGCCUACACCCCCAUGUCAGGAAACCAGUUUGUAUACCGAGAUGGGGGUUUUGCUGCAGAACAAGGAGUGCCUGUGCCCUACAGAGCCACAACCAGCACGAUCCCAGAAGCUCCAGUUGCUCAGGGGGCUACAGCUGAGAUUUUUGAUGACUCCUGUUGUAAUGGCACCCUACGCAAGCCAGUGGCACCCCAUGUCCAAGAGGAUAGCAGCACCCAGAGGUACAGCGCUGAUCCCACUGUGUUUGCCCCGGAACGAAGCCCACGAGGAGAGCUGGAUGAAGAAGGUUACAUGACCCCUAUGCGAGAUAAACCUAAACAAGAAUACUUGAACCCUGUGGAGGAGAACCCUUUUGUUUCUCGGAGGAAGAAUGGAGACCUUCAAGCUUUGGAUAAUCCCGAAUAUCACAAUGCUUCCAAUGGUCCACCCAAGGCAGAGGAUGAGUAUGUGAAUGAGCCACUGUACCUCAACACCUUUGCCAACGCAUUGGGGAAUGCCGAAUACCUGAAGAACAAUGUACUGUCUGUGCCAGAGAAGGCCAAGAAAGCAUUCGACAACCCUGACUACUGGAACCACAGCCUGCCACCUCGGAGCACCCUUCAGCACCCAGACUACCUGCAGGAGUACAGCACAAAAUAUUUUUAUAAACAAAAUGGACGGAUCCGGCCUAUUGUGGCAGAGAAUCCUGAAUACCUCUCUGAGUUCUCGCUGAAGCCAGGCACUGUGCUGCCUCCUCCACCCUACAGACACCGAAAUACUGUGGUGUAAGCUCAGCAGUGGCUUUAAGAUACAGACACACCCGCUCCAAUUUCCCUGCCGCCUCUCUUUCUCUUAUGGUCUUCCUUCUAUUCCCAAGGCCAGUAGAUUUGACACUUCCCAAUGGAAGAUAUAGAGAUGCAAUGAUAGUCAUGUGCUUAUCUAACUUGAACACUAGAAGGAAGAACUGAAAGAGAAAGACAGGAGGAACCACACUGUUUCUUCAUUUCUCUGCAUGGGUUGGUCAGGAGACUGGAACAGCUAGAGAAGGACCAGCAAAUAAAAGGCAAUACUGCCUGCUGUCAAGCUAGUUCUCAACGUUUUCUCUUUCUUCUUUCUAUUUCUUUUUUUUUUUUUCUAAAUGCAGAUGCCUGAAAGACCCAUGCUAUCUGUUCCUAUCUGUAGGAACUGAUGUGUGCAUUUACACUAUCCUUGGAAAUCGUAAUGAAGUUUCCAUUAGAACAAAAGGAUAACCUUUUCUAUAACAAAUGAGAGUAACUGAAAUUGAAAAUCCAAUUUCCUUUUCCAACAGUUUCUAUCCUAACAAGCAAGAAUGGCCAACUCAGCUUUCAUAAUUUUUUAAUCUCUCUAAAAGUUAUAACUAGUAAUUAUGUUUGGAGGGAUUUUCUUGGUCUUUUUGUUUUGUUUUGUUCUGACAGCUUUGGUCUGUCUCUUUAUAUUACUUUUACCUCCCUAUAUUUUGACUUUAAUUUCUAAUUGCAAAAAUUUUUACA